AUGACCAGUCGAGCAUCGGAAGAUGAGACCAGGAGAAGGCUUAGGCAGUUAAAAGAAUGGUACUUGACAAAUCACAUCGAUUUUGUCAGUGGCAAUGGAGCAGAAAUUCGGGAGCUUGGAUGCACAAAGAUCGAGUUCUCUGAAGCAGACAUGAUAGGUGUAUAUGCUCCCCACAAUGAUGCUAUCGUUAUAACUUCUUGGAUUAGCAUGAUUCAUGUACACCAGAUUCUAGUAGAUACAGGAAGCUCAGUGAGUGUGUUGUUUUCAGGAGCCUAUUCCUCUAUAAAUCUCCCACACGACUUGAUCAAAGAGGAUGAAAAUCCAAUUAUCGGUUUCAGUGGCGAAGUUACAAAGGCAAUUGGAAAAGUGAAGAUACCUAUAACAGUGGCUGACAAGUCCGUUUUAGACACUUUCUUGUUGCUUGAUUGUAUAGCUCCCUACAAUGCGAUCGUAGGACGAGACUGGAUGCAUGAGAUCGGUGCAUUCACAUCUUCAUAUCAUCAGUGUCUGAAGUUUGUUACCCCUGAAGGAGUCGUGAAAGUUAAGAGAGACCAGAUGACCGCCCACAAGUGUCACGAAAAUGCUAUGGCGAGGGAAAACAGACGGAUCCCGUAA